AUGGUUGCCGAAAGCGCCUCCCAACCAACAGCGCCUCCCAACCCCACAGCGCCUCCCAAGCCCCACAACAACUCGCAACCCAACAGCGCCUCCAACCCCACAGCAACUUCCAACGCCCACAGGCACACCUCCCAACCCCACAGCACCUCCCACCACCACAGCGCCUCCACCCACAGCCUCACCAACCCACAAGCCUACCAACCCCACAGCGCCUCCCACCACAACAGCGCCUCCCAUCCCACAAGCGCUCCCAACCCCAGCGCUCCCACCACAGCUGCGCCCUCCCCCCACCACGGCCUUCCAACCCCAGCGCCUCCCAACCCCACAUGCGCCUCCACCACAGCCCCUCCAACCCUCACAGCGCCUCACACCCACGCGCCUCCCCACCCCAGCGCCUCCCAACCCCACAGCCCUCCAACCCACAGCGCCUCCCACCACAGCGCCUCCAACCCACAGCACUUCCCACCACAGCGCCUCCCAAGCCCCACAACGCCUCCAACCACACAGCGCCUCCCAACCCCCACAGCGCCUCCCAACCCCACACGCGCCUUCCCACCACAGAGCCCCCCAACCAAACAGCGCCUCACCACAGCGCUCCCAACAACCACACCCCCCACACAGCGCCUCCAACCCCACAGCGCCUCCCACCCACAAGCGCUCCCAUCCCACAGCGCCCACCCACUCCACCGCCCCCAACCCCACAGGCCGCCCAACCACAGCGCCUCCCAACCACACAGCCUCCCAACCCACAGCGCUCCCAACCCCACAGCGCCUCCAACCCGCCUACCACACCCUCCCAACCCCCACCAGCACCUCCCAACCAGCCACCCUCAACAAGCGACCAAGCCUCCACAAGCGUCACCCACAAGCGCCUCUCCACCCCCACAGCGCCUCCCAAACCACACACCUAGCAGCCUCCCAAACCGCCCGCGCCUCCCACCACCACACCCACGCGCCCCAACCCCACAGCUAACCCGCGCCUCCCAUACCCCAACCACGCGCCGCCAACCGGCUCCCAUCCACACAGCGCCUCCCAAUCCCCACAGCGCCUCCCAAACCCCACAUUGCGCCUCCCAACCCCACAGAGCCUCCCAACCCCACAGCGACCUCCCAAACCCCAAGCCCAGCGCCUCCUCAACCACCACAGCGCCUCCAUCCCACACGACGCCUGCCCAUACCCACAGCGCCUCCAAACCUCCACAGCGACCCCUCCCAACCGCCCCACCACGCCCUCCCAACCCCAACGGCGCCUCACACCCCACAGCGCCUUCCCAUACCCACAGCCCUCCCAUACCCACAGCGCACUCCAACCCCACGAGCCCUCCAACCUCACACAGCCUCCCAUCCCAAAGCGCCGUCCCAACCCCACAGCGCCCUCAACCCCCACAGCCUUCAAUACACAGCGCCUCCCAACCCCACAGCGCCUCCCAACCCCACAGACGCUCCCAUCACCACAGCUACGCCUCCCAACCAAACAGCGCCUGCCCAUCCAACUAG